GACAUUUGCACCCAUUUAGACUGCACCUAAAAUCACGAUUAUCAAAGUCGAAUCUCGCACACGAUUUCGCUGUUUGUCAAGCAUACUAAACAAAGUAGGUAAUCUAAGAUUUCCAUAGAAAAUGAAUUUUACAGCACCUCCAUUUCAAACCCCUUGCCUCGUCUGCGCAACUGUCAACAACUCGUUCGAGUGUAAACAUAAACAAUUUGUGCUCGUAAAUGUUUCGCUUCUCUCGUGAUUUUAACUUCUUCUAAUUAAGUACGUAGCGGUAUUCACAGAUCAAUAUCGAAGUUAAUUGACCGCCGAAAAUGCAAGAUCCAAUCGAGCACAGUGACUUUACGGAAUCCGACGAGGAGGUCCAGGGAUACAUCGAGGAACGAUUGUUUGAUGCUGAUGAGGAGGAAAUUGAGAUGGAUUUGGGACAAGAAGGAGAUGCUGUUUCCGAUGCUGAACCAGACGGUGAUCCUGAGGAAUCCGUUGCGUCCAGUAAGAAUGGUGAAUCGUCUCUGUUUAUAGUGAGCCUGAUUGUUUCGCUACGAGAUUUCAAAGGACAAACUUCAGCCGGAGAACUGGACACUUGGAUGGUUUGUGCGAAUAGUGUCGAAGAAUUUCUGCACAGCGUUUGGGUACAAUCGAAGAAGCACCUCGUUCGUCACAUCAUAACGGUUUGUGAUGAUGACGGCAAUAUUACCUACAGUUGGAAUCCGAAAAAAGUGAUUGAUGAGGCAGAUUUCAUUCACUUUGCUCUGUUUUAUGACAAGCAAAAUCGACGAACCAUAUCAGUGGAUAAAUUGACGACGACCAUACUGCAAAAUUGGAAAACAAAAUCAACUGUAGAGCUUUUGCUGCACCGAUAUUCCCUUGCUGUAAACUCGAAGAGCGUAUGGAAGAAAGUGGAAAAGGCGCUUAUCGAUGUUGUACCUAAAAAUAGGGGUGGUGCCGCGACAACAGAAUACGCUCAAGAGCUGGCAAACGAUCUUCGUCGUAGACAUGGAUAUAUUUGGAAUGGUCACGAUAUUGCAUGGAGUAUCUGGGCGAACAGCAUACUUGCUUCACCAGCUCAUCAGCAUGAAGCAUUGAAGGAAGAGUCUACACCUCCGGCAAGCUGUGUGGAACUAUUAUCAUUGCGAGAGAGUGAGCAGAUUCGACGAAUUCGACGCGAAUACCGCAUAGCACAUAACGUCAACGAUGGUUACCAUGCGGAAGUGAAAAAAAUCGUGGAUGCUUUAGCAGAGCUGAAGGAAGCACACCAACAUCAAGGUUUGAUGAUUACGGCAUUGGAGAGACACAUCGAGAACCUUGCUCUGAGAAGUCAAAUAGGAGAAUCUUUCAUCAGUUCUGCUGAAUCAGCUUUAGAUGCUCGUGAUAACGAGUUUUCAGCAUCAAUUGCGUCGCGAGUGCAAGAUGCCGAAGACGUGGACCACAUGUGAAUUACCAAUGAGACACUGAAUCAAAUUUGUGUAAUGAAUUUGUUGUGCAAUAUCCGAAUUUAUAUUAUUGUAAUAAAAAGAAUAAAUGAUUUAAAACAUGUUUUGCGCUUUAUUUUUCAUCCAUUUAUUUUUUUUCUUAUUCAAUGUUACUUCGCUUCUUACAGUUUUCUUCAAAUUCAAUGUCCAAUAGGCUGGCUUGAUCGUUGGCUGUUGGAUCAAACUUACCACCCUGAAUGUAGCCACACUUUCUGAACAAAUUAUUCAUGUUGUAGUUCGAGAAAUGCUUCAUAAUUUUCGCUAUCGUAACUUUCAGUUUUAUUUUUCUCAGCUCAUCGUAUUCACGCUGCAAGCGCUUUUUGCUCAAUCCAAACAAGAUCUCGAUCGGGUUCAUGUGCGGGCAAUAUGCUGGCAGAAAAAUUAUAUGGAUUCCGAGAGAUCUGAAGUAAUAAACCAAGUUCGGAUCACAAUGUAUCCGAGCUCCGUCUAAGAUCCAUACAGAAUGGAAUCCUGGAUGGUGUUGAACGAGUCCACUGUUGAGCGCAAAUCGUUUACAAUAAUCAAAAAAUUUUGCUCUCGUGAAUGUUCCUUCAGUGUGGCACACUUCAAUCAUACCAUCUUGCCCAGCAAAACACAAUAAGGAUUCCCGAGGUUUCCUAACGAACUCACCUCUGAACAAUAGGCGCUUUCCACGAGCACCAAAUCCCUUGUUUCGCAACAUGGCCUUAUUAUCGAAGCUGAC